AUGAUGAAAAAGACGAGUGAUCAACGUCCUUUAUUUUUACGACACCUAAGUGAGGAACUUGCAAUGCCUGCCGUAGAAGAGUGCUCUCAGAAUAUGCAAGUUAUGAGAAAUUUUUCCACAAAGCUUGCAGUCGAUUGCUAUGUAGAAAAGCCAGUAAAAACUGAAGCUGCUGCUAGUUCUGCAACUGCAAGAGACAAUACUGGUAGAAAAGUCGUCACAGGUUCCUGUCACAUGUGCUAUUUUCAAGCUGAAACAAAACGCAGGAAAACUAGAAAGGCGUGUUGUGAUUGUUCCAAAUUUGAUUUAGAAAACGUUUGUUUAUAA